GAGGCUUGACCGUGUUUUUCUGAAGUGUGCCUGGCAGUGCUGAAUAGGCUGUAGCACCUUGAUAGCCAACAGUUUAAAAAUGUGCAAGGACAUUUUUUCAACACAUUUUCAGACUAAAAGCAUGCUGUGCAAACGGACAAGAUUUCAUAUCCUCAUCUUUUCACUUAUACUUUCACUUCCAUCCACAUCAUAUGGUUCUCACUCUUUGUCAUUGCUUUCAACUUAUAUUCAAGGAAUAACAGAAUUUCCUAAAUUUAGUUACAUAACAACUCUGGAUGACAUCACAGUUGGAUACUAUAAUUCAGAGAUUUAUAUUCCAAAAGGGAAUAUGACAAAUGAGGAUGAUGUGAUUGAGUCAGGUUAUAUAAAGGGUAUAAGUGACUAUAUGUAUAAGUCCUUCAUGAGACGAUCUGCACUGUUGAAAAACUACAGCCAAACUGAGAGUCUUUGUGUCUAUCAGACUGUAGUUGUCUGUGAGCUGUUGGAACUGGACAAUCCUGGAAAGAUGAUUAUUAAAGAUGCUGCUGGUGGCUGCACCACAGAUGAGCUGUCUUACUUUAACAACAUAUUUACUUAUACUGUCACUGUAAAUGUUACACAAGAAGUGCUGAAACCUCACCUGGAAGAAUCCAAGCAGGAAUUUGCAAAGAUCUUUUACCCAAUUUGCAUAACAACUCUCAGGAAUUACCUCAAAAAGAGAGGAGGUCAAGUGAACAGAAGGAUUACACCCAAUUUCAGGCUCACCAAGAAAACAAACUCAGAUUCUGGAAGGUCUCGUGUGAGUUGUCUGGCAUCAGGAUUUUACCCUCGUCACAUCAACCUGAUCCUGUUCAGAGAUGGGCAGCCUGUAUCUGAUCAUGAGAUCACUGGAGGAGAUCUGCUGCCCAAUGCUGACGGGACGUACCAGAUGAGGAAGAGUCUGGAGAUCAGUGCUGCAGACAAACACAAAUACACCUGCUCUGUCACACACCUCACUCUGGACGUCACUUUGGAAUCUGUUUCCAGUGAACCAUUUAAAUCAGCAAUUCUCUCAGUGCUGAUAGUUUUUGGUCUGUUGUUUGGGACUGGAAUCGUUAUAUAAAAAUGGAGGAAGAGAUGAGCAGAUUCACCCAGAAGUGGUUAUUCUGCUGCUUCUAGAUCUAAAGAUCAUGUCGAAACAACAACAUCAAGUUAAAUAUCAUGAUUUGGUGCUACAUGAAUCAACAUCUUCAAACAAUGAAAAAUGACAUCCACCAGUUGCUUGGCUUAAUGAUGAAAGAUACUAUCAGGUGUCGAGAGUAAAGCUUGAGGAUUCAAACAGUUCCACGUCAGAUAAUGGAAGAAGACACAUUUUAAAGAAAUUCAUAUAAUGGACAUAAUAUUGUCAUUCAAUUCAAUUCAAUUCAAUUCAUGGGUCUGUAGGUUCAUUCUGUUGUCUGUGUGAUUCUGUUACUGCCCUGAUUGCUUGUCUGCAUUGCCCACCAACAAACCAAUCAGAACGACAGCACCUGUACUUCAUUACGGCUCCCUAUAUCUGCCUUGCAGUUUGUGUGUUUGGUGUGAGAUCUUGUCUGUCUAGUCCAGUUUGCUGUUCAGUUGGAUAUUAUCUUCUUGUUUGCAGCUUCUUCUGCAUUACUGAUCUGGAUUACUGCUCUUUUGGAUUGAUUCAGCAGUUGCAGUCUACACUAGUAUGGACAUGCCUUCUCUGUCUGUGUGCACAUCUGAUUACUGAUUACAUAAGUUUACUGUGAGCUUAAUAAACUUUCCUUUGUUUUGCACUCACAACUAGACUUUGAGUUGCUUGACUAUGACAGAAUGAUCUUGUAGCACAAGUUUCUGACCUAACAACCCAGCUCCAGCAUUUAAAAACUGAGACUGCCCAAUGGCCCACUGCGCUUAACCUACCUGUUGUUUCCCUCGAAGAUCACACUGAUAGUCACACAGAGCCUGAUCUGCAAUCUCUAACUGCGAGCUCUGGUAAAAGCCCCAUUUAUGUUGCUCAAUCCUGACUUUUUUUUUUUUUGCUCUCCAGCCAUCGCCUUUCCCUACACAACAAUCCAAAAUGGCUUUUUGUUUUUAACCUGCUGUCUGGUUGCUCUGGGGAUCAGCUGUAUGGGAAUAGAAACACUAGUGUUGUUCAUUUAAAUCCUUAAUAGAUGAACUUAAGAUGUUCGAUUGGGCAGUGGCAUGAGUGCUAGCAGUAUUCUGUCAAGGGAAUCGAACAGUCACUGACUAUCCUAUAGAGUUUCACACUCUGACAGUGAUGGAACAUGCAAGCGCAGUGGGACAUGUUCCUACAUGGACUGGCCAAUCGCAUCCAAAAUGAAAUGUACUCCCUAGAAUUAAGAGCAGUGGGACAUGUUCCUGCAUUGACUGGCUGAUCGCAUUCAAAAUGAAAUUGACUCUCUGGAAUUACCUACUUCUCUGGAUAGCACAGGUUUGCUCUCCUGC